AUGACCUGCAAGCGUUGUCAAAAAAAGGUGUCCAAGGCUGAUACCGUAGUCUGUCGUAGAUAUUGUGGCGCCACGUUCCAUGCAAUCUGUGUUAAUGGUGAUGUACCUCUUCGACAGAAUCUGGAACUGUACCACAAUAAUCUGUUUUGGUUAUGCGACGGAUGCGCGAUGCUGUUUUCUAACGCACACUUUCGUACGUUGUUGACUGGAUUUGAUGAAAAAAUUUCCGCUAUGCCAACAGCUGUCCAAUCUGUGCAGGAGGAAAUAGAAAAGCUGAACAGCAACAUGAAAGUUUUGUCUGCUAAAGUAGAUGGAAUCCCCACUACACCUACACCAUUCUCCUCGCCGAAUCCUUGGCCCGCCAUUCAUCGAUCAAAUCGCGCUAUGAAAUCAGCUAAACGUCUCCGUGAUUCCGAUGGAAAUUCGAUUACCAUAGCUGAUGACCCGAUCAAGGUGGGAACAAAAGUGACUAGUGCAAUUUCUUCAAUUCGCUUGGAUCCCCGGUCCGAAGAUGACCUAACAUGGAUCUACUUAUCAGCUUUUCAUCCGAACACGACAAAAAGGCAGAUAGCUUCAUUUGUCUCUGAGUGCCUGGAACUGCCAGCAAACGUAAAACUCAAAGUGUUCAAGCUGGUCCCUAGAGGAAAGGAUUUAAAUACGCUUAAUUACGUCUCCUUUAAAAUUGGAUUAAGCGGGCGAUUUAAAGAAAAAGCGCUAUCUUGCGACUCAUGGCCCGAACAUAUCCGGUUUCGGCAAUUCGAAGACAAUCGUGCAAAAAACUUACCGAGGGUGGUCAGUCUAUCUCUAGCGGAAUCCCCUGGAACGACAACUUCAUCAGCUACGAGUUUGCCGAGCAUGGAAGUAGAAGAUCUACUAGUUUGCCAGGACGCACGCAACGAGGCAUAA